AGCACGUCGAGGAUUGGCUGAGUAUCACAAUAUUUACAUGAGUAACGAAAGAGAUUGUGAAGCCAGUUGAGCAAGUGCAAGCAAGGCCUCCAGAGUCGAGUAGUCAUCGGUCGAAUCGCUCGGCAUCACCAGAGGCAGGGGGAGAGCAACCGCAGAAAAAUAAGCACAAUGGCGAUGGGAAAGUCGAAGUCCAAGAGCAGCGGCAAGCUGUCGGAUAAGGACAUGGAGCAGCACCGUGAGUACAUGAAGAAGUACAAAAUGCAGUCGAGCGACCUGGACAAGCACGAGGUGCACUACAAGGACCACUACGAGCUGCUGGGGAUCUCUCGCGACGCGUCACACACGGAGAUCCGGAAGGCUUACAGAAAGUUGGCACUCAAGUGCCACCCAGACAGGAAACCGUCGCCCGAGGCACUGGCGCGGUGGGAGGGUGUGCCGGCGGCGUACGCGGUGCUAUCGAACCCAAACGACCGCGCCGAAUAUGACGCCACCUUACCAACGCGCGAUGCGCUAGUAGAGUUCUACCGUGCCUACAACCCGGCCAAAUUGGACAACGCCACCAUCGACACCAUCAUCGACGGCUGGUACGGCCGCGAAGUUGAGCUCUUUGAGAUGCUCAACGCCAAGUAUGAGGUGGCGCCGCAUCAGGGCACCACGAAGGCCGCUCAGCGCGCUGCUGCGAUGUCGGUAUCACGGGAGAAGGCGCACAAGAUCGCGAUGGACAACCAGACGUACAAGUCGAAAGACGCCGCGAAUGCUGAGAUCACAUGGACGGGGGCUAUUGGAUCGGCCUUCUGCUGUAAGAGCGUGCUCUCACGCUGGUUCAGCACCACUUACUACGAGGUGGACACGACCAGUCCAGGAUUCCUGGGGUCGCACGGCGCCUCGGAUACACCCGGCCAGGCCAUGCCCAUGAAUCUACAGUCCCCGGCUACACCCUCGCAGCUAUCGCAACCUGUGAGUCCGGAGUUCGAGCCGCCUGUUGAUGCAGACAACUCGUCCACAGCUACGACUGCUGACGGAUCGCCACCCAGCGGAGACGAAAGCUGCGCAAGGUCAAGGAACGACUACAGAGCUUCGCCGCCAGGCCCACGAGCCUCGCAAACGAACGUCGCAGCGGCUAGCUAAGUGUUUAAAGCCCGUGAGGUUUGGAUGUGGUGCAGAUUGUUGCCAUUUUACAUGCUUCACAUCCGUACUGGUGUCAGGAGUAGAUGCCGAAUAAAUUAUCAAUGUCUUCCAAGUAGUAGUAUAAUGCCUACGCUGCAGCGUGCUUCUUGCUAACUGA